AUGAGUGUUAGCAAAUUUGGGAGGAGCAGCCGCCGGACUCGGAGAUCCCUUUCCUCUACCACAGAUUCCUUAGGCCCCUACAUCUACUGCGUUAACUUCCAUGACAACGGAUUGAGUGCGGUACGAGAUGAGUUUAUAAAGCGGGUGAUUAGCGGCACUCGUCGUGCGAUAUUCGUCAUUGAUUUGGAGAAAGAAAUUACUGAAGCCAACUUUCAGCUACAUCGAAAAUCAAAGGCCAGAAAAACUGCUCAGCUCAAGAACCUAACGUCUGGGGCGGCCAAAAAGAAGGGUAAUCCAGACACGAAGCGCGCUGAAAACACAGCCAGGCCGAAAACGGGCAAGUCUAGCGAUAAGGUGCGUCUGGAGAAGAUCAAGUGCGUUAAUAUCACGGCCAAGGAGCACAACAAAGUUGGCAAGGGAGUGCCGAUGUCCAAGCGUGAGUACAUCAGAGAUAAUCCAUUGUUCACGAAAAUACUGAUCCUAAUCGUGGGCCAAAUGGAUAAUGAUUUCUACAAGAUGCUGCUGGCCUACGAACAACCGCUGCGGGCGAUCAUCCACUUUAUGCCCGAGGAGAGUGCCUAUGAUAUUCUAGUGCCUCGCCCUAGGCGAGAACAGAAACUCCAGGAGACAUUGGCCGUUAUCCAGAGAGACAUCCACUCGCUGCGGAAGAGGAUACCAUCGAAGAAGGUGGGCAUAUUCCAGCAACAGCUGCCCCAGAUGUCGUCCUGCUUGGCGGCCAAGUUCACGGACGACGUCUUCGACCAGCUGAGCUGGUAUAUGUAUGAUGUGGAAACUCUUCGGGAAUGGUACCGUACUUACUAUGAGGAGCCGUACGUAGAGACCAAUGUAAGGAUGGAUCCCACGCUGUCCUUGCUGGAUGCAUUCCAUGUCGUAGAGUCACUGAGCAUUCAAGGGCAUUAUCUUCAGGCCCAAAUGCCGGCCUGCCUGGACGAUGAUACCACUGUCUAUCUAUACGUAGAGUCGCUGAUGAGCACGUUCGGGAAUCCCAGGGAACUGAUGAGCGAAACGGAAGUCCUUCUCCUGGCAAAUCCUACGCCAUCGGUUCAAACUCGAAUACUGGACAAGGUGAAGGUUUAUGCAAAUUCGUUUAAGAGCAUAGUCAAGCUGAACAAAAAUGAUCGCAUCUUCGUGGAGCAGGAGAAUAGGUUGCUGUCCAACCUUUUGUCCUAUAUGAAUCAAGGUAUGAUGCGUAAUGUAUACCACGGCUGUUUGGAGUACAAUAUAUUGAGGCGCUAUUUCACUUCCGGUUAUAUCAACAACGCACUAAAAUGUAACCCGUUCAAUGGUGAAGUGGAACCGAUCUUUUUGCCCAAGUUUGCCGAACUUUACCUUACGGAUGACUCAGUGAUGCAACGCAUUAUCCAGCUGGUUAAGGAUUAUGAUGACUUCACCUUAGAGGAGAUACAGCCAGAUGUCCAUCUCUACACUUUCAAUCGGGCUUUAAACGAGGUCUUCGAACAGGAAAAUCAAACUGUGAUACCCACAUGUCUUUGCUUCAGGGACUUUACCUUGUUCGAAAUGGAGAGGUUUCUUGAGGACUUGGUCACCCCGCAGAAGUUCAACCAAAUUACUGAUAGUCACUUAUCACGAGAAACGCAAAGCGCAGACAUAAUAUUGGGUAAUGAUCCGGUUAAUGUCAAGUGCAGUGACGACAACGAUCGUGUUGCCAUCGAUCCCAAAGUCUUUGUUCGACCGAAAUCAAUCAAGGGUCAACAGGCCAAGAAAAAGGAAAAGCUAGAUCAAGACGAAGCUCGGUCUAUAAGCCAGAAACCAUCUGUAAUCGCUCGAGAGAACCAAUCAAUGGCAUCACGACACUUGAGACAAUCUAGGAAGUCUUUGAUAUCCAAUUUGCAGCUAAAAGAUUCUGGAUUUGAGUCAAAACAAGAAUCUAACUUGUUUGUGGGACUUGGUCCACACCAUCCCAUGCUGGAAGGCUAUAACCUGGAUGACACCCGGCAGACAAUAAAGUCCAAGACAUCAAAGUACUUCUUCGAAGAGGGAAGAAUCGUGCUCUACGAGGAGAAGUGGAAUUUCCGCCAGAUGAACAAGUGCCUGGCCCUCGAAAUUGGAGGCCAGGAGGUUCAUUUCCGAAGUGCCGAUGAUCCUCUGGGAGUCACUGCCGCGGAUUCUGGAGUAAGAAUCGUUUCGAAAAACGGCAUCAGUCUUCGGGCGAUCAACAAAGAGAUCGAGUGCGCCAAAGUGGUUCUGAACUAUCCCAAUGGCCUGAGUACCUAUUGCCACGACACCCAUACGGAACAUCUGUGGCAAUAUCAGGAUAAUGAGCUGAAUGAGAGCCGGCGCGUCUGCACUCCUUAUGGCUGUGUAAUUGUCUUCUACCAGAACACUGAUACCAUUUUAAUAAUGCGAUACAAUGGGGAGGUGUAUUACCUAUUCAGCUUUACGGAAGCCGACAACGAGGAGGAGGAGGAACAGAACUCGGACUUCAUCAAUGCCUGUUCGACGCAGUCCGGCUACUCCAGCUACAAGCCCAUUAAGGAGUCCAAGAGAGGUCGAAGGAGUUGCCAGAAUUCGAAGAAUUCGGUAGAGAUGGUUUCGUUGGCUCGCAGUUCGGGCGGGGGAGAUUCCAGUGUACGCCCAUCUAAUCAAAGUGUUAAGAUAUCCAAGGCAUCGAUUUUUUCAAAGAAAAAGAGGCAAUCCGCGGCAUUAUUCGAAAGCAUUAAGUUUGAGUUAACCUAUCUUAAUUUCAUUAUGGCUCUGUACAAGCUGAGCUAUCGACACCUCAAGUUGACCACAUCGCUGGGCAGUGUGGUCCACGUGCAGCGCGACGGGAAGAUAUGGUGUGGCAAACCUUUUCGGAACACCGAGUGGCAUGACUACUACGCCAACGAGUCCUAUUCGAUGCGGGAUGAUGGUGUCAAGAUGAUUUGGACGUUGGGGGAGCUGAAGUGCUAUCACAGCGACGGAACCGUCAUCACUUCCGGAACCAUCGAAAGCUGGGAUCCCGGAGCGGAUGCUGAUGAGUUUGACAUUCAAAUCAGUUCGAGCAGCUCCCAUGCCAAUGCAAUGGACAACGGCAUCAUUGGACGAACGGAUACAAUCUUUAUCAAUGAUCCGAAUGGCUUGCCGUUUACAGACGUCAGUCUGAGCUCUACAAUUGACGGGGAAUCAGGUCGCAAUAGUCUCUUAGGUAAAAAUUUGUCAUCCAAGGGUGAUAUGAUGCCGGAGGAGGAGGAGGGAGAGAUUAUCUUUGAGAAAAGCUAUAUAACUUACAUGCCAAAUAGUUAUUCCAUACACCACAAAAUCUAUGCUGGCAUUCACUUCUCAUUCAGUCACCUAACCGAUGUGGAUCUACACCUGGAGACCUCGAUCACCACCUGCGACAACAUGCUCGUUCGGGUAUUCAAGGAUCAAAUAAGAACUGAUUUGAAAUACUCUGAAUCCCCCAUGGAGAUGCCAUCUUCCGAAGCCGAUCCGGAUGACUGGACAAGACGCAGGUCAAGCAAACAACAAGAACAAGUUUCGAUAAGUGACGAAACUCUCCCGAGUGGAGAGGAACACAAGAUGGAGGACUUACCUAUAUUAGAAGAAACAUGUAUCGAGGUCAUUUGCAACAAUCUAGCUUUACUUUUAUUUGAGGAUCGGGUUAACAUACAAACCCAGCUAAGAAAGUUUGGAUGCGACGAAAAUGCUAAGUGUGAUCUGCAAGUGCGUGAUGAUAUCGAGUUGACAGUUUAUUUUGCCCAAAGCUUGUCAACCACUUUUCGAAAUUGGGUGAGUGAAGUAACCAGUUUUAUUAACUGUUUCUGCCCCAAACGGCGCACUUUGUACUUUUUAGAAACUAUAAACUCAUCUUGCCAAAGAAAAGGAUUUGAGAUGAUAAAGUCGGUGCCGCCUUUGGGAAAAUAUAGCUUUAGUGCCGGCAACUACUGCAUCGAUGUGAAGGAACUGUCUUCGGUGGAUAACAACAUGCAUAAUAAGUACGAUUGGUUUGACACGGACAUGAAAAAGUUUCCUCGCUUUCGCGAUGGCAAAAAAGAGACACCGCAAAGCGAAUUUCCUAUGGUUUUAAAUACAAGAAUCUAUGUGGAAGUACCUGCCCAACUAGCCAAUACAGAUCGGAUACACAAAUUCGUUUCCGAGUUCGAUACUACUAAAUUUCGAAAACAGCGAUAUCGUUUUAAUGAGGCCAUUUUGUAUCAUUUAUAUCCACGUUUGCAACAGUUAGUCCAUCAGGAAAUCAGCAAGCGAAGUUGGAAGAAUCGGCAUAGCGAACAUCGUCGUCGGAUGUUCAUCGAACAACAACGCAUCAGUCUCUACUUGGCCAUGCUGAAGCACAAGGUGUAUCCCAAUUACUUCCAGUUCAAGGAUCAGUUUAACUCUCAUGUGAGAAACAUCGAGUUCUUCCAGUUCAUGGCAUCCAAGUGCAACGAGAAGGAACAUCCCGGGGAAAUGUUCGACGAUCCCGUCGAAGACUCAAGUAAGCCACCAACAAGUAAAGCAAAAUCAAAGAAGAACAAGUGUGUCUGUCCCAAGUAUCUGAAAUCUUUAGAUUAAAAAAGAUAAGAAAAGAUUUUUAAAGAUAAAUAAAAAUGGUUUUUAUAAUGUAAAAAA